AUUAGGAAGAAGUCUCUGCAGCGAUGUCGGAGACUGCUCCAGCCGCCGCUCCCGCUGUCGCUGCCCCAGCCGCUAAAGCGGCCGCCAAGAAGCCAAAGAAAGCGGCGGGCGGCUCCAAAGCCCGGAAGCCAACGGGCCCUAGCGUCACCGAGCUGAUCACCAAGGCUGUGUCCGCCUCCAAGGAACGCAAGGGGCUCUCCCUCGCCGCGCUCAAGAAGGCGCUGGCCGCCGGCGGCUACGAUGUGGAGAAGAACAACAGCCGCAUCAAGUUGGGGCUCAAGAGCCUCGUCGGCAGAGGCACCCUGGUACAGACCAAGGGCACCGGUGCCUCCGGCUCUUUCCGCCUUAGCAGGAAGCCAGGAGAGGUGAAAGAAAAAGCCCCCAAAAAGAGGACGGCCGCAGCCAAGCCCAAGAAACCAGCUGCCAAGAAGCCUGCCGGCGCUGCCAAGAAGCCCAAGAAGGCUGCGGCAGUGAAGAAGAGCCCCAAGAAAGUGAAGAAGCCGGCCGCUACCGCGGCCAAGAAAGCAGCCAAAAGCCCCAAAAAGGCGACCAAGGCUGCCAAGCCCAAGAAGGCGGUGACAGCAGCGAAGAGUCCAGCCAAGGCGAAAGCGGUGAAGCCCAAAGCAGCUAAACCCAAGGCAGCCAAGGCGAAAGCAGCCAAGGCAAGGAAGGCGGCACCCAAGAAGUGAAGUGUGUUGGAAGUGGAAAUACUGAAACCCAACGGCUCUUUUAAGAGCCACCCACUAUUAUCCCCAAGAGGGCUGAUGCACUUCUUUAUCGAGGUCCGUGCCUUCAGCAGAGGUAACCACACGCCACUAUCCGUGUGGGACGUUCGUCUGUGGAUUGGAUGGGACGCUAAACUUCCGGCCGUGGUUACGCUAAGACUUGAAAAAAUAAAAUUUGUAUUUCCUGCGAUAA